CAGAGAUGAGUGCGCUUAAGGACAGAAGUACGGUGAAGUUUAGUUGUCUACUAAUACAUCAGUUGGUUCCCGGAUAUUGUUUUUCGUAUAUCAGUGUCGCAUCCAGUAAGGCCAUAAAUAGACUAGCAACCAUUUGCCGUCCAACCACUGCAAACUCAGUGAUCCAUGGUGGCUUCGGGUCAUGGUCCGCCUGGGGGACAUGUUCAACGUCCUGUGGCGAGGGGCGGCAGAGCAGGUACCGUUUAUGCGACUCACCAAAGCCAUCAAUAGGGGGCAGGUUUUGUGAGGGACCACUUACCGAGUCCAUGGAAUGUAACAAUACACCAUGUGAUGGGACUGGAUCGAACUCUCCUAACUACAACCAAAUUCAAAAAUGUCCAUGUGGCUGCGAUAUCAACGCAUACAAAGGCAAAAUAACCACACACGGGAAAUGUCACGGUAUCAGUGUAUGGAAGAUCGCUCUGCAACAGAAUUACCACAUAGAUCUCAGGUUCACUCGUUUUAAUCUGAGGAAAGGUCAAUGGGUCAAGGUCAGGGCUGGAGGUCAAAGGUCAUCAGAUUUGUUGAUGUACGGGAAUGCAGGUGACCUCAAUGAAGUUGACACAAGGGAAAUACUUAGGUCAAAAUCGAAUGUAAUACGAAUCGAGUUUCAAGCGGAUUCUACGGAAGUUGACCCAGAUUGGCGCAGUAAAAAGAAAUAUGGAUUUGAUGCUGUGUAUGAAUCCAAGCAUGUUAAUGUGACAGUUAAUGUGGAAGUGACUCAGACAAAACAGGUGGACAAAAAACACUGGUCAUCAGCCUUAAUAAUAGCAGGGACCACAAUCACAGUAAUAUUAGUCCUCUUAUUCAUACUAGGAGUUGUGUACAAGACAUCCUGCAAGAAGUACAAGGACAAAUAUAAACUCUAUAUGGCUAGUAAAUUAGGGGAACAAGAUCCCGAGAAACGGAAUCAAAAACGUGGGAGUCGAAGUAGCCAAGGAAGUAAGAAAAGUAAUAUUUAUGAUUUCCCACCGAGUCACGGCACACUAGGUGUGCUGCAUCAUGAGUACCAUGAUAUCAGUGCUCAUAGCACACCAGCCAGGAAUUCCCAUGACAUUACAUGCUUACCUGAACAUGUAUAUGAAGAAGUCCCAAUUUUGAAUGCAGCUGCGAAAAGCCCAGUUGAAGAACAAGUUAAAUGUGUCGGAUCCCAAGAUGACACACCCAAACAAAAGCAUGAGCAACCCCAUAAGAAACAUCGCGACAAACGCAAACAUAAACAUGGACAUAAAUCUAAACAUAAAGUUGAAAUAAAUAAUGAGAAAAGUAACAUGACAGAAGGAAUCAAUCCAGAUUUGGAGGAGAGGCAAAGGCCAGUUGGCGCGAGUAUGAAACGAGGCGAAAACCUAGAAUCAUUGGACAAUAUACCAGAAGAUUUGAAAAAUAACAAUGAUGAUACACCAACACAAACAAAUGAGACCAAGUCAAAUAAGAACAAAACAAAAGGAACAACAAAAGAAACUACCACUAACAAACUUGACAAUGAAACUGAAAAUAAUGGGAACAAUGACAUUGAAACUGACACCAUGAAUGGAAAUACAAACAAACAAACCACAAAACAAGUAAAGAAAGACCCACAAAGAUGGAAACGGCCCCAUAGUGGCACGCCAUUAAGUCCAUCCAAUUUACCACCCCCUGUAGGAAAAGAAUCAUCACCCACAGCAACUAAACCAGGGAUUAAGAUCCUUCCUCUGCGUGACAUAUCACGUCCCGAUGGUCAGAGCCCACGUAGCAGUUUGGUAGAAACUGGCGCUCCGUCAACUGCCGAGUCAUCCCCUCUUGAAGGCAUAGACAUGAAACUGAUCGAUUCAUGCAUUCCUGACCUGACCACACCCUCAGACCAUAUGUCCAUUGAGGAAAUGGAGUUUGAUGAUACAGUGUAUUACGCACCAGGGUCAUAUUUUGACACUAAGACCUCGUAUCAGUUAACAUAUGACCAAAUUCCCUCAGCAGCCCCAAGCAUGGAGAGUAUGGAGAUGACAUCACAAAUGUAACAUGACAUCACAUGCGUAACAUUAUGACAUAACACAUGUAACAUAUGACAUCAAACAUGUAACAUAUGACAUCACACAUGUAGCAUUAUGUCAUCAUACAUGCAUCAAUGGCACCACCAUAUGAUCACACAUGCUACAAAUGACAUCAUAUAGAUGAUACCACCAUAUGACAUCACACAUGCUAAAAAUGACAUCAUAUAGAUGAAGCAAAUGGCAUCACAUAUGGAGCAUUAUAAAUGUAAGAUAUCAAAUCAUAUGUGUAAUAUGAAAUUUUGCAUCUUAUAUAUUUUACAAGUGAUUUAUGACAUAUUUGUAACUUUUGAUAAUUAUGUGACUCACCUGCUUUAUGUGACACCAUAGAACUAUGUGUUGUUUAUACAUGUGGCAUAUAUGUAUGCAUUUAAAGGGGCUCAGUUUCUAACUCUGACUCUUAACUUUGACUAAUUAUUCGUAACAGUCUGCUAAUUACUUUUUUGAAUUGUAAUAU